AUGUAUGAGAAAGUCGGGAGGCAGGUGGCCGAAUCGCCGCUUUUUUCCGGGCGGGGCGGGUACACGUUUUUGUCUCCCUGCGUUUGUGUUGCCGGUUCACGAAGGUUUGACGCCAAGAGUGGAGGAAGAGCCUGCCAGCACCGGUGCGCGCGCUGGCCGCGGGGGCCGAGAGACACCCGACGACGUCGGCGCAGGUGGGGCCGACCGGGGGCCUCGCCCCAGCACAGGCCCGCCCGGGCAAGGGGCCGGAACCGGGCGGCGCGGCUUCUGCCCCGGACCUCGGCGGGCCCGCUGGACCCGGGUCUCCUCACCCGGAAGCGGCUCGCGAGGGGGCGAAGCCGCGUCCGUCUCCGGCAGCGCCUCGAGGGGCAAGGAGGCCUGCGCUCCGGCCGCGGACGGCCCCCGGGGCGGCGGCGCGCCCGCGUGCUCAGCAGCCUCCGGACGAGCCAGCGAGGCUCCCGCCCCGGAGGCGCGGCCCGGCCCCCGCGUUGCGAGGCCGGCAGCCGAGCCGGCCGGUUACCUUCGCUCCCGCCCCUUCCAGAUGCCUCGGGAGCGAGGGACACGGUGCCCGCGCGCUCCCACCCCGAGUCGCGCCCGUCUCGGCCACGGCCAGCUCCGGAGCCGCCUGCUCCUGGGGGACGGAGGCCGGUCCCGGUUCCACAGGUGCUGCGCUGCCCCGUCUCGCGUCUGGAGGCCCCUAUUUCUAAGCAGGGUAACUGGAAAGCAGGCCUCCCAUUCAGCCGGGAGCCCCCUGCUCUCACUGGAGGCGUGGGGUGCGGUGCGAGCAGCUUGCAGUCAGAGGCCGCUGGCGCACCGCGGCCGGCCGGGCCACGAAGCCCUCUGCUCCCAGCUCGGCCCGGGCGAGGCGCUGCGUCCCCGAGGCCUCGCGCCGCCCCGCACAGACGUCUGCCCCUCGCUCCCAGCUCCCGGAGGGUCGCCUCGAGGCCCCGGGAGUGUCCUGCCUGAUCAGGAUGCCUGUGUUUGCCUGGGGGCCGGGGGCCUCGCUGGAUAGUCUGCGCCCCCAGUGGGAGUUGGGUGGCGGGGCUUGGGCCGCACAGUGUCAGCUCCACCUUUGGAGGGGCUGGGCGCCAGGUCAGCCGCGUAAAAGUCAUGGACACCCCGUGGCGGGGAGGAGGGGCAGUGGGAGCUUCGCCCACGUGAGCAUCUCUGCCUGCUGCUGGUUUCCACCUGGCUCCUUUUGCAGACGUCACUUGUCACCACGAGUACAAUAGCUCUGCUUCCUGCGGUGAGUCCUUCCAGGGAACUGCCGGACCUAAGGGAGGCCCAGAGGACACAGCCCUCCCACCGACAGUCUCCAAAGCGCCAGGCUGAGCACAGCGGCUGAGGAAGCCGGUGUCUCUCCUCCACCAGCGUGCUGGUGGCCCGCCCGCCCGGCGCUGGGCUUUGCUGGAAUUCAUCCUCCGCUGUGAGCUUUGUAUCCAAACUCAGGAAGAAACCGCCCUGGAGGCAGCCCCCCAGGCUGCCCAGCAAAACCUUCCCUGGGGAAUCACUUGGACUCUGACACCGGAAAAAAGAACGCCUGGAACAACUGGUUCACGAGCAACACGAAGCACACGUGCUAUCAGCUUGGGCUCCAGACCAGCCGGUGAGCAUGGCCGCGCUGGGCAGCCGGGCCUUGUGGCCCCGCAGCCUGAGACGCUCACCCUGGGCGACGUCUGACGAGGAGCCUGUCCUCAGGAAGGCCUGGACACAGGCUCCCUGGGGCUCUGUCCCCGCCUUGUGCAGGACGCCCAGCCCGAAACCAGAUUGCACACUCUCGGGCCCACGGGGGCCCCUUCGCUUAUAGCUAAUUUGAGGCAGAUUUCUACAAGGCGCAUCCGGAGACAGAAAUGAAGGCACUGAUAAGGGCACCACCCUGGAGAGGUCGGCCAUGGACCCACUUCUCAGUGUUACAUUUCAGGGCUGGGGCCGCCUCACCUUGCCCCGGCCUGGUGCCCGAUCGCGUCCACAUUCUGACUUUGUGUGGAGCCAGUGAGAGCGUGUCGGGGUGAGGUGUGUGUGGGGACACUUCUGGGACUCAGACCUGUUUGAUAAAAGCUGUUUCCCUACGUGAUAAAAGCAGACCACACACAUCACUCCAGGGGGUCCCUCGAAACUCAACUAGUUUCCUGGCCUCAGGAAUCUCACUCCGUCCCAGUCGUGCUGAGUGUUCAACAAAAGUGUCUUAUUGCGCCAUUUGC